AUGGCUGACGCAUUAGUCACUAUUGCUGCUGAGGGAAUAUUGAAAAAGGUGUUGUCUAUUGCUGCGGGUGAACUCUCCAUUGCAUGGGGUUACGAAGAAAAGCUGACCAGCCUUCACAGAACAUUAGACCUGAUUCGUGCCAAGUUACGUGAUGCGGAGCAAAAAAAGGAAUCAGAGGUUGUGAUGGUAUGGCUGAAGCAGCUAAAAGAUGUAGUGGGUGAAGCUGAUGAUGUGUUGAAUGAGGUUGAUUACGAAAUGCUGAGACGUCAAAUAAAGAAACAAGAUCGGAUAACAAGAAAGGUAAUGUGCCUUCCAAGCUUGAAAAGGUUCUCCUUUCGUUAUAAAAUAGGUCAUAAAAUCCAAAACAUCAAUGAAAAGUUACUUAAGAUCAAUACAGAAGCAAACAGUUUAGGACUACAAAAUGAACACCCUGUAGGCCCUAUUCUAGAUCGUCUCUAUUGGAGAGAGACCGUUCCAAAUCAAGAAGAAUUCAAAAGUGUUGGGAGGGAUAAUGAUAAACUCCAUAUCAUUGAACUUUUAACCCAAUCAAGAAAAGAACAAAAACUUAGCAUUGUUCCCAUUGUGGGAAUGGGCGGGAUUGGGAAGACCACUUUGGCUAAGUCGGUCUACAAUGAUAAAAAGAUCAAGCAACAUUUUGAUGUUAAAGCAUGGUUGUGUGUGUCAGUUAAGGUUGACAUCAAUACAUUAUACAGUUCUUGCCAAGAUCUACGAAUCUCUUGA